AUGUUUAUUUCUCAACGAAUAGUUGCGAAGUGUUUUGCGCUCUUGUGCGUCUGUGUAAUAACUUUAAUGACCCUCUUCAGUUCAAAGCUGUUAUCUUUGUUUAAGUGUCGGAAUGAAGAACGCCAGGAUUUCGCGACUGCGGCGUCGACGACAAAAGUUUACGAGGAGCCGAGAAGAGACCACGUGGAUCGUUAUACGCCGUUUAUUUUUGUAGGUGGUUUUCCCAGGAGUGGAACAACGUUGAUGCGGGCCAUGUUGGACGCACAUCCGGAUAUCAGAUGCGGACAAGAAACAAGGGUCAUUCCAAAAAUUCUGCUUAAUAUUCCCAGAAUGUUUAAUGUGUUCAGCGAAGCUGAAACUACUCGUCGAGAAGAAGCUGGCGUCACCCAAGACCUCUUAGAUUCUGCAGUUGCGGCUCUCAUAGCAGAGAUUAUAGCAAAGCACGGCGAUCCAGCUCCAAGAUUAUGCAAUAAAGACCCUCUAACCUUCAGGAAUCUUAGUUAUUUAGCCAGACUGUUUCCUAACGCAAAGUUCAUUUUCAUGAUUCGAGACGGUCGUGCAGUGCUCAACUCUAUCAUAGAGAGAAAAAUUGGAAUUAGAGGGUUGUACAGGCCUCGCAGUAUUGAAAAUUACGACCUUGAAGUUUUGCUAAGAUCUUGGAAUGUGGCUGUGAGAAAUAUGAAUGCACAAUGCGAAGUGCUGGGGAAAGACAGAUGUCUGAGAAUUCCUUAUGAACAUCUGGUAUUGUUUCCAUCGCGGAGUAUGAAAAUUGUCUUAGAAUUUUUAGAUGUUAUUUGGAACGAUGUGGUUUUGCACCAUCAAACUGAGAUCGGAAAACCUGGCGGAGUUAUCCUUUCACGGUAAGCUUCAGUUGUAAUUAUAAUUCAAUUCUUCCCCUUCCCCAGAAAAGUAAUUAAAAUAAUAAUAAUAAUAAUAAUAAUAAUAAUAAUAAUAAUAAUAAUAAUAAUAAUAAUAAUAAUGAGGGAGAACGUUUAUGUGUUGGCAUUAUGAUAUUUGCAAAUCUCUUCCAUGUCUGCGUGGAUGAAACUUUUAAAUGAUGUACAAUAAUGAUGACGAUGAUUAGGAUGAUUUAAAUCAAUGAUGAUGUUGAUGAUGAUGAUGAUGAUGAUGAUGAAACAUUGAUAAACGGCUCCCAUUCAAAGAUGGAUAGGAUGGCAGAUCUAGACGGAUGCCUAUUCACUGCUUCAAAAAGUAGACACGUUCUUGUCUUUACACUACUUUAAUGCUGAGAUCAAUGUAUUUCUUUUCUUGCUUCAGCCUUGAGAAGUCAACAGAUCAAGUAAAAGAAGCCAUAAAUGUUAAUGCUCUUUACAAGUGGUGCCACAAGUUACCGCCUGCUUUGCUGGAGCAUACGGACAGAAUUGCCCCUAUCAUGAAACAGCUGGGCUAUGAUACUUGGGAAAAAAGGCCUGAUUAUAGCAAAAUGAUGUCUAUUGUAACGAAAUAA